UACGAUAUCACUUCGCAUCACUCGAGAGAUUCCGACAAUACACACAAAACAACAUGGACGUAGAAGAACUAUUAACUUUCCAGCCCAAAAAGCCGGCACCAACAGGGAAGCGGAAGGGCCAUGAUGAAGAAAAUGGUGACACAGGUCGUGAAAGGAAGAAAAGAUUUGCAGAUGCUGAUAGUAUUGAUACCAGUGUUAUGGAAGCUGAAAGGGAGAAAAUAUUACAAAUGAUUGAAAAUGAACCAGAGCCUGAAGCAUUAGAUGAAACAAGUCUGAAGAAAAUGCUCCUCAAUUUUGAAAAGAAAGUUUACAAAAACCAGGAACAGAGAAUUAAAUAUCCUGAUUUACCAGAGAAAUUCAUGGAAUCAGAACUAGAACUGAAUGAUGUUGUACAGGAAAUGCAUGUGAUUGCCACCAUCCCGGACCAGUAUCAUAUCCUAGUGGACCUCAACACUGUCACUUCCUUAAUGCAGUUAGUGGCUCACGAAAAUACAGAUAUAUCUAUUGCUGUAGUGGACCUCGUACAGGAACUGACCGAUGUUGAUACGCUGAACGAAAGUGAAGAGGGUGCUGCUGCUCUGAUUGAUUCACUGCUUGAGGCACAGAUAGUGGCAUUGCUGGUGCAGAAUAUGGACCGACUAGACGAGACAAUCAAGGAGGAGGCGGACGGGGUACACAACACACUAGCCAUUGUAGAAAAUAUGAUGGAGUUUCGCCCACAGAUGUCGAGUGAUGCAGCGCAGCAGGGACUCCUACAGUGGUUACUGAAACGUAUAAAGGCAAAGUUGCCGUUUGACGCCAAUAAACUCUACGCCAGUGAAAUACUUGCCAUAUUGCUCCAAAAUAGUGAGGAAAAUAGAACAAUGCUAGGAGAUAUAGAUGGCAUCGAUAUAUUACUACAACAGCUGGCGGCGUACAAGCGACAUGAUCCAAGUAACAAAGAGGAAGUAGAAAUGAUGGAGAACUUCUUCAAUUCUUUGUGCUCUUGUCUGAUGCAGAACAUGAACAGGGCACGCUUUCUGAAGGGGGAGGGGCUACAGCUCAUGAACCUCAUGUUAAGAGAGAAGAAGAUGUCGAGGAAUUGUGCAGUCAAAGUAUUGAACCACGCCAUGACCGGACCAGAAGGGAUAGACAACUGUCAAAAGUUUGUUGACAUCCUUGGCCUGAGAACAGUUUUCCCUCUCUUCAUGAAAGCUCCUAGACAAGGCAAAGCAGGGCCUCAGUCAGAGGAACUGGAAGAACACGUAUCCUCCAUUAUAGCUGCAACUUUGCGGAACUGUCAGGGACAACAGCGACAGAGGUUGCUCAGUAAAUUUACUGAAAACGACCACGAAAAGGUGGAAAGGUUACUUGAAUUGCAUUUUAAAUACCUGGAUAAAGUGAGGUCAUGUGACGAACAAAUUGAAGUGGAGAAACAAAAAAUCAAAGGCAGUGGAGAGGAGAUAGACGAGGACUUAGAAGAUGAGUUCUACCUUCGGCGAUUAGAGGCCGGACUGUUCACGUUACAGCUGGUGGAUUAUAUCAUGCUGGAAGUGUGUGCCUCAGGCUCACAGUCGGUUAAAACAAGAGUCAUGCAGAUUCUGAAUAUGAGAGGAGGCUCCAUCAAAUCAAUUAAAAGUAUAAUGCGAGAAUAUGCUGGCAAUAUUGGAGAAGCCCAAGACAAGGAAGCUAGAGAGGCAGAACAGAACAGAAUUUUACAACUAGUGGAUAAAUUCUGAUAAUUCUUCUAAAGUUUACAUCACAAUAGUUCAAUUAAAAAGAGGCAGUAAAGUUCUUUAAAGUUUAUAUUGUUGUAGACAUUUAAAGGUCAUUUGUACAAGAACAUGGAGAGACUUAUCAAUAGAACAUGCUACUGGAUAUAUUCUCAUAGGGCCUUGAACACUAGCCUCCUGCAGUGAGGACUGUAUGGUUGUUCAAGUGCUAUGUGUGUAAACACUAGUCUUAUGUAGUGAGAACAGUAUGGUUGUUGACAAAGAGUCUGACAUGAAUGCCUCCUGCAGUGAGGAUAGAAAAGCUGUUCCUGAAGUAAAUUUAAGUUUAACACUGGAGUCUCCUUCAAUGAUAACUGUACAGCUGUGCCUGAGCUGUUUGUAAACACUACAACCUCCCGAGGAGAGGACAGAAAAACUAGUUUUGAGGCGAUUGCAAAUGCUGCAACUUUCUGCGGACAGAAAAUCUGGUCCUGGCUGAUUGUAACAUUGAAGUCUCCAGUAAAGAGAACAGAACAUCUGUUCCCUAUGAGAUUGUGAACACUACAGCCUCUAGCAGCUAGGACAGUACAUCUGUUCCCUAUGAGAUUGUGAACACUACAGCCUCUCGCAACUACGACAGUACAUCAACAACGUGACGAACAUUACGACCUCCUGCAGAGGACUGUACGGCUCUUCCAGAGGCGACUGUAACGUUUCCAGAAGUGAGGAGAGUUAAGCUGUUUCCAACCUGCUUUAUAUCAGUACAUUGAGUACAUUACUGUCGUGAGGGCGCUUCCUACACACUUCUUUAUACUACUGUAGAAAGCUUUGAAUUUACGCAGGGUUAUUAUGACAUUUUCAUCAGCAAAAUCAUAUUUGUUCAGUGCAGAAUUCGUGGUAAAGAGGUUGAUCCAUGCUAUUUUAACACAAUGAUACAUCUCAACUUUUCAUUAUGCUCUUAUAGUUUCACAACAUUGAAAUACCACUUGGUAUUUAAAAUGUGUCUGGAACGGCAUUUUAACUUUUUUUAUUCAUUAGGGUAUAUUUGUUAAUAAAGCAAACUCUAUCACGUUGUUUGUAUUCCUGUUUGUCUUUAGUCUAGAUAUAGAUCUAACAAAAACACCUGGAACUGGAAAUUUAUGUUACAUUGUAAAAUUCACGGUUGAAUCCUUUCAUGAAAAGCAUGAAAAUAAUACUGUUUACGAGUUUUAAUACAAUAGUUGUAUGAGUUUCGUUGGUACACUGUUAUACUUACCACCCACACUCCUGUUCCAUUAGUUCUCGAUGUUUGUCAGUUAAACUUGUCAGUUAAACUCGAUGUUUGUCAGUUAAACUCAAUGUUUGAUAUAUUUUCAAAAUCGUUAAGUGUCGUUGUCAUAAAAGCUUACGGUUCACAUGAAGAUAUAAAUUAGUGAGGACAACAGUUGUAUUAAAAUUCGUAAU